AUGUUAGAUGAGUACAACGUCCAUGCGAAGGCUUUCAGGAUGGCAAGGGAUCUUUUGAAAACAAACAGAUUCUUAGACUUGAAGUUAAAGCUGAUAUGUGAUAUACCAGAGGACAGACGAUUGUACAACCGUCCAACUAUUUCAGAAGUUGUUGCUUUAAUUGUUGGAGACAUUAAUUCUGCAUCCCACAAAGAUAUAAUGAUCCAAGCACGGGAUGGAAACUUGCAACGAAUAGAUGAGUUUCACCCGGCCUACCUAGCGUAUCUAUAA